CAUUUACGAGACGAAAAACACGUAUAUAUAUGGAAAAAUUGACACUGAUUUGUUCGAGUAUUUCAUUUCCUUUUGUUGAUCAGAUCCAAUCUAACUAGAAAGGAAAUUUUACCAAAUUAAAGAUCAAACUUUGUUUAAUUCUGUGGGGACAUUGUGUUCUUCAAAUAAUUCAAGAAAAAAUCUGGUUGCUGCUCAAGAAUCAACUGUUUUUAGGUUGUUGGCGGUUUUAUAUUAGCUGAAUCAUGGUCCGGUCGUCGCCGCGUAGGAAUCUGAGAUCGAGAGGCUUCAAAAUAAAGCAUGCUAUACAAGUAUGUCUCCUGCUUGGUGUUGGAAUCUGGCUGCUUUACCAAGUUAGGCAUUCUCAUGAUAAGAAAGUGGUGUUUAAGGACAGUACGAAUGUCGGGAAUGACGUUGUGAAGCUAGUUGGGAGAAAGGGGCUUCCUGAAGUUGCGGAAACUGUUGUUAAUGAUGUGGGGCAUAAGGAGGAAGAAGAGGAAAGCAAGCCUGAGGAUAAUGUUGAUGGAGAUGAUGAGGUUCCCGGUCAUUUUCAUGAUAAAACAGAAGCGGGAGCUGAGCAGAGGGAAGACUCUGUUGAAGGAGAAAAGGAGCAUGAACAAAGCAAGGAGAAUGCGGGUGACGAAAGUGAGAGGGAAGACAGCGUCGAUAACGUUAAUCAGAAAACUGAGAGGGAAGAGAGCGUCGAUAGCGUUAAUCAGAAAACUGAGAGGGAAGACAGCGGUGAUAACGUUAAUCAGAAAAUUGAGAGCGAAGAGAACAUAAAGAGUGGUGAUGAGAAUAAAGAAAAUGAGGAAAGCAAAGAGACAGAAAGCGGAGGCAAUGGAAAUGAAGAGAGCCAAGAAAACGCCACGGAAGAGAAGGAAAAUGUAGAUGAAAGUGGUGGAGGAGGGGUAAUUAAGGAAGUUGUGGAAGCAAACAAAAGUGGAGAAAAUAAAGGGACCGACGACAAGGACGAUAGCGUUGAAAACUCAGGCUCAACUGAAGAUCAGGGUACUGACAGUCACAGUAAGGAGGCAAGAGAAGAGCAUUACAAGGGAGACGAUGCAUCCAGUGCAGUUGUCCAUCAAACUGAAGACGUCGAUACUCAUAAUGUGACACUUGGAGAAGAUCAAGCGAAUUUGGAGAAAACUCACGAGUUGGAACAAGUAGAAAACAAAGUGAUCAAGUCCAGUGCGGAUUAUAUAACUGAAGUCAUUGAGGUCAAUCCAAAUGAACUUCCUAAUGCAAUUGAAAAUGAACCCGUCGAAAAGCACAAUGCAACAAAUGCGACUCAUGAAGAGGGGGGCGACGAAAAUGGUUCUCAGGAGUUGGAGGAGAUUUCCCAUGAUAUGCCCUCAGAAGCAACACAAUCAAAUGAACAACAGCAGGUGGAUUCCAACUCCACAGCUACUUCAGAAAAUAAUGAUUCAACUCCACAAUCCGAUACAACUCAGGAUCAAAAUGAAACGACAGGAAACUCGGAGUCAAAAGAAGAGGAGUCAUCUACGAAUAAUAUUGAGGUAGUGAAAAAAGAGAAUUCUGAUUUGGAUUCCGGCAGCCAGCAAUCAGAUAUAAAUGCAUCACCUUCCAAUACAACUGAGAAUGUGGAUUUAGCCAAUCUCGAAUCAAUAGACAUUGGCAAUCCUGAUUCUGUUGCGUCUGUUAUGGGAACUGCCAACCAGAACAAUGAUACAGUUCAGAAUGAAAAUUCUGAAGUUCAUUCUGGAGAGGGAAAUCAAGAAACUGUGUUAUCCACAAACGCAGAUGCAGAUGGAAAUGCAGGGAAGAAGGAAAAUGUUGAUUCGUCAAACUCAAACUCCGAGGAGAGCGACACAGCAUCAAAUACUAACAAAAAUGAAGAUGCUAAAUUUGAUGUUACCCAAAAUCAGGACCAGAACAUUGAUCUGAGCAACAUAGAAACCGUAGAGACCAGCAACUCGAAUGAUAAAGCAGAAACGAGCCAGAACGAACAGGGUGAUUCGAAAACUGAUGCUGAUGAUAACAGCAAUGCAAGUGAGAAAACAGAUUCAAGCAAUGAACAAAUUAGUUCAUCUGAAUCAUCACAUAAUGAUCCAGUUGAUUCCUCGGAUUCCAGUAACUCGUCCCACAAUGAUUCAGUCGAUUCUUCAAAUUCUUCAGUGUCUCAAGAAGAAAAGGAGGCUCGUAUCGAUUUGGAAACCUUGCCAGACACGGGAAACGAAGGGAUCAACACUGAGGUUGCUGCCGCAGCAGAGUAAAGUUUUUUUCUUUCUAGGUUAUAGUCAUAUUACGAAGAUUUUGUUUUUGUUAUUGUACCUGAGAUUAUAAUCAGGAAAAUUUGUAUGGUUCUUUAUUCACAUUGGUGUUUUUGUAACUAGCAUCUCAGGUAUGUUAUUGUCUUCUCUGUUCUACCUGAGAUGUUCACAAAAUUUGUUAUUUUCUUAUGUAGUUGUCAAAGAAUUAAAGUUUCUCUCCACAA